CACCCAUUCACAGCAAUUCACAGUCAUUCAAAAUCACUUCAUGAAUUGGUGUAUUUAAAAGAGCAAUAUUUGGGUUACAUGUCUAAAUAAUUUAAGCAAUAUUUAAGAAAUCUUUUUCUGUCAAUAUGUGGGCAGAUACUAUUUUAAUUGUAUUUAUAAGUAUCUGUACAGCUUUAUUAGGAGAAGGUUUAACAUGGCUAAUGGUUUAUAGAACAGAAAAAUAUCAGAAGUUAAAAUCUGAAGUAGAAAAACAAAGUAAAAAAUUGGAAAAGAGGAAAGAAGCGCACGGGGAUUCAUUAGACAAACAGCAAAAGAAAAAGAUUGAAAGAGAGGAAGAAAGAUUAAAAAAUAAUAAUAGAGACUUAUCUCUUGUAAAAAUGAAAUCAAUGUUUGCAAUUGGGUUUGCAUUUACUGCUCUUUUAAGCAUGUUUAAUAGCAUAUUUGAUGGAAGAGUUGUGGCAAGGUUGCCUUUUGUUCCAAUUAGUUGGAUACAAGGUUUAUCUCAUAGGAACCUUCCAGGUGAUGAUUAUACAGAGUGUUCAUUUAUUUUUCUUUAUAUACUGUGUACCAUGAGCAUUAGACAGAAUAUUCAAAAACUACUUGGAUUUGCUCCAUCUAGAACAGCAAGUAAACAGAGUGGAAGUAUUUUUGGCCCUCCACCACAACAAUUUAAAUGAAUUUAGAAAAAUUUUAUAAAUUAAUUACAUAUUUGCCAUUCUACUACACUUAAUGAAUGACUGAUAAUGAAAGAGAAGUUUUCAUAUAGAUUAAAAUUGAAGCUUAAUAUAUUAUAAUAUAUACUUAAUGUAUAUAUUAUCUUUUUAAAGAUAUUUAGCAUACAUACAAU